AUGUCCACGCCCAAGAAAUCCGUCCUCAUCACCGGCUGCUCGGACGGGGGCCUGGGAGCGGCGCUCGCCAUCGCCUUCCACCAAGCCGGGCUGCAUGUCUAUGCCACAGCUCGAAACCCGGCCCGAUUGACCGAGGUGCAGUCUCACGGGAUCGAAACGUUGACGCUGGACGUCUUGUCCGACUCGUCCAUCGCGGCCUGUGUGGCCCAAGUCGCCAGGCUCGACAUACUGGUCAACAACGCCGGCGCCUUGUACAGUAUGCCGGUGUCGGAUCUCUCGAUGGUCCAGGCGAAGAAGCUGUUCGACCUCAACGUGUGGUCGUAUCUGGCCGUGACCCAGGCCUUCCUGCCGCUCCUGCUGGAGUCCAAGGGGGUGAUUGUCAACCAGACCUCGAGCGCCGGGGUGCUCAACGUGCCCUUUCAAGCCACGUACAAUGCGUCCAAGGCGGCCAUGUCCAUGUUUUCCCACACCAUGCGGCUGGAGCUGGAGCCGUUCGGUGUCAGAGUGGUCGAUCUGAAGACUUCCGCGGUCGUAUCACGCGGCCUCACCAACUAUCGCGAUCUCGAUCGCGACAUCUCCAACACGCCCGCCCCCGUCCUGCCCAAAGGCUCCAUCUACGAGCCGGCUCGCGAAGUGGUCGAGAGGUCGAUGCGCUGUGAGUACACCACCCCCGAAGUCACGGCCGAGCAGUGGGCGUCGCAGGUGGUGCCAGAGCUGUUGAAGACCAACCCGCCGUCCAAUGUCUGGGCCGGCACCAAGGCCAGGAUGGUGCGGCUGUUGGCCAUGCUGCCGGCGGGAGUCAUGGACGGGAUGAUGAGGAAGAUGACCGGGCUCGAUGUUGUGAAACGAAUGGUCGGCAUGUGA